AUCGUCCACCCUCCAGAAUGCUGACGCCAAACGGUUGUUCUUAUUGAUUCCGGUAUCCUCUCACGUGGACAUCUGUAUCUACAGGUGUGGGUAGCCUCAAUGUAUCGCACGUAGUCGCUGUGAUGGACUUCAACGUGGGUAACGACACCGUGCCAUCAUGAUUGGCUUGGGUUCCAAGACAACCAAUCCCCCAGCUUGGCGUAGGUAUGCUUCUCGCGGUCCCUCCUCGACCAACACCACUUUCGGCCCUCUUGAAUGUCAUUUGACCUUGUUAUGUGGCCCUCGCCCUGCGUACUGGUCCACUUCGUUCGCCUCAUCAUGUGCACCCUGCAUGCAAGGUGCCUGCACACCGACGCCCAGAAUGUCACUGCAAGAUAGCUGUGUAAUUGCACCAUGUCAUGCUUUUGUCUUACUCUGUGUUUCGUCUCAAGCCAUGUGCUGACUGAAGACCGAUGUACUGCCAUCGACAGUUCAGUGCUACGACAAGCUACAGCCAUCCAUCUUCGACGAUGAUCAGGACUGAGACCAGGCUUCACCUCGACACGCAGGGGCUCAGAAGAAUUUU